GGUGGGGAGGUGGGCAAGAUGGCCCCUGGCGAGUGAGUCACUCCGGCUCCCUUCAGCGGCCACUGAGACACCGGGGCGGGGGGUCCUGCCCCCAGUGCCGCCCUUCCUUCACUCCCCCACCCCCGGCGGCCCCCUUCUUUCUUUCCUUUCUCCACCUCGGGGGGCGGGCCGGGUUCUCAGGACACCAUGUCGGACUCUGAGGAAGAGAGCCAGGACCGGCAACUGAAAAUCGUCGUGCUGGGGGACGGCACCUCCGGGAAGACCUCCUUAGCUACAUGUUUUGCUCAAGAAACUUUUGAGAAACAGUACAAACAAACUAUAGGACUGGAUUUCUUUUUGAGAAGGAUAACAUUGCCAGGAAACUUGAAUGUUACUCUUCAAGUUUGGGAUAUAGGAGGGCAGACAAUAGGCGGCAAGAUGUUGGAUAAAUAUAUCUAUGGAGCACAGGGAAUCCUCUUGGUAUAUGAUAUUACAAAUUAUCAAAGCUUUGAGAAUUUAGAAGAUUGGUAUACUGUGGUGAAGAAAGUGAGUGAGGAAUCAGAGACCCAGCCACUGGUUGCCUUGGUGGGCAAUAAAAUUGAUUUGGAGCAUAUGCGAACAGUAAAACCGGAAAAACACUUAAGGUUUUGCCAGGAAAAUGGUUUAAGUAGCCACUUUGUCUCAGCCAAGACAGGAGACUCUGUCUUCCUGUGUUUUCAGAAAGUUGCUGCUGAAAUCCUUCGAAUCAAAUUAAACAAAGCAGAAAUAGAACAGUCACAGUUCUGCCUGCCCUUCACCCCUGUGUGGGCCAGAGGACCUGUAGGAACUUUAUCAGUGACCAUCUCUGAGCUCAGUUCACACGUUCCUCCCAACUUGUUGGCUUCACUGUUAAGUGUUGCCUCACAGCCGCAGGCAGCUCCUUGGACAGGAGAGAAUUCAACUUCAGGACCACACACUUUGAAAUCAAUGGAAAGCCCAUUCUCUAGAAUUAGACUGUUUCAUUGAAAAAGAAUGAGGUUCUCUUUAUGUCCUCACUUUUUCCCUGAUGUAAAAUUUUCAGCCAUUUAUGAAAACUACCCAAGUCUUGAUCAUCAGCCAUGUAUUUUGCCACAGCACAGUUUCAUUUUCUUAUCUGAACUCAUAUGUGGCAAAGUAUACUUCAGAGUGCAUACAUUUAAGCAAGUAAUGUAUUUUUUCUACAGAUACUUAAGAAGGCAUUCUUUUGCAGUCUAUUGUGAGUGAAAAAAUAUAAAGCUGUAUCUAACUGAAAAUGCUUGAAAUAAAGCUGUAAUAGAAAUAUUUUUCUUUCAUUUUUUAAAAAAGGCCCUAAAUUGUUUAUUUUGUAGCUUAUAACUCACCAAAUAGUGAGUAUUUGAUAUUGUAUUUUUAUGACUGUAUGAUGGUCAUUAUGUAUUGUGUAAUAUUCCAGUUAGAUGGCUUUAUUAAUUUUGAUAAAUGUUCAGCUGAUGUUCCACGUGGAAUUUCUCCGGCAAACUGCAUUGAAGUUCUCCCAGAAUGAGUUAUGACAUAUUGUUGUAUCGUUGUAUAUCAGACUGUACCUAAUGUUCAGAUGUUUUUCUCCCACAAAUAAAUUUAUUUAAAUUAUUC